AUGACAGCAAAUAAAGGAGAUGCGAAUUCUGUUACUGGAGCUUUCGAUCCAUCCAAAACGUGUAAAAUUCAAGAUUUAGUCGGUGUCAUCAAUGGCGGCACGUCUUCGGUUUCUUUUUCCAUUUACAGUACACCGGAAUUUAAGGAAAUUGCCUCCCAUCAAUUGAGUGUACCAAUGAUUUCACUUAAGCCAGGUUGGUACGAGCAAGACGCUAUGACCAUUAUUAACAAAAUGUAUCGUUGCGUCGAAGUUGCAGUGGGUAUGUUGCCAUCUUUGGGCUAUAAAAGAGAAAAUCUCGUUACACUCGGCAUCACGAAUCAACGCGAAACAACAGUUAUGUGGGAUGGUAUUACUGGCAAACCCUUGCAUAACGCCAUUGUCUGGAAUGAUAUACGCACAAGUUCUAUAGUGGAUAAGGUAAUAGCAAAGAUUCCUGAUAGAGACAUAAACCAUUUUAGGGAUAUAAGUGGUCUGCCAAUAUCACCCUAUUUUCCAGCUUUAAAAAUGCUUUGGCUUAUGGAAAAUGCGUCCGCUGUACGAAAAGCGUGCAAAGAAAAACGUUGCCUCACCGGCACCAUUGACAGUUGGAUAAUUUGGUGUCUAACCAAAGGCAAGCUGCAUAUAACCGAUGCAACGAAUGCUUCGCGCACUCUACUUAUGAACAUUGGAAGUUUGCAAUGGGACAGCAAUUUGCUAAAAGCGUUCUCAAUAACGGAUAAAAUGCUGCCUCAAAUACGUAGCUCUUCAGAAAUAUACGGUACCGUUACAGAUGAACGCAGUUCGCUGCUUGGUGUAAAAAUAAGUGGAAUUUUAGGUAAUCAGCAGGCGUCGUUGUUGGGUCAAAUGUGCAUAAAACCCGGUCAAGCUAAAAAUACUUAUCGAGCGGGUUGCUUUCUGUUGUGCAAUACUGGUCGCACGGCAGUUAUAUCGCGCCAUGGUUUAUUAACGACAGUUGCUUAUAAAUUGGGACCAAAUAUUCCGGCCACGUAUGCUUUAGAAGGAGCCGUAGCUGUAGCUGGCCAUGCCUUGAAAUGGCUAGAACAUCAAGUUCGUGUCCUACCUAGAUCUGAAGAUGCUGAAAAGUACGCCGGAACUGUAACUACAACUGGUGAUGUGUAUUUUGUACCCGCUUUCACCGGUCUGUACGCGCCAUAUUGGCAAAAAGAUGCUCGUGGAGUUAUCAUCGGUCUCACGCAAUUUUCUAACAGAGAUCAUAUCAUAAGAGCCGCCUUAGAAUCGAUAUGUUUUCAAACGCGCGAUAUACUGGAAAUAAUGUAUGAAGAAUCUAAUCAAAAAAUCGAUAGACUACAGGCCGACGGUCAGUUAUCCAAAAACAAUUUGUUAAUGCAAUUGCAAGCGGAUACUGUAGGCAUACCAGUGUUCCGUUCGCAGCUCUUUGACUGCGCACCAUUUGGUAUAGCCAUGUGUGCUGCGCAGGCGGUCGGUAUAGAUCUCUGUCGCUUUGAUCCCGACAAAGACGAUUAUUCCAAUAUCGUAUAUGACGAAUUCAAACCGGCAAGUACAGAUGAACAGCGCAAACAUCGAUACGGAAAGUGGAAAAGAGCUGUGCAACGUAGUUUUAAUUGGUCCAUUCAACCUACACUGAAAGUUUCGCCUAAUACCGUAUGCUCCCCUAAAGUGUCCGUGAAGACGUUAAGUUUGUUUUUCUUUCUUUCUUUUGUCACGUCUAUACACUCAUUGAAAUAGUCUGGAAGAUUUUACUAAAAAAAUAAAUUUGUGUCUUAUCACGUUUUCUUUUAUUCGGCCUAUAGAAGAGAUAUUAUGAUGAAAUCUUGUGCACUGACGAGCUUUGACUAAGGACGAACGCUAUUGAAAAUGGUUCUGAUCGGAUCGCUUUUCCAAACGCUUCCUACGCAAUGCCUCAUUUUGAAAAGUGGUUAAUAUCUUUUUUAGAAUAUGUGUGCGGGGUACGGUCACAACCGCCUAUAAUUUUCUUAGAUAAUCGAUUUAAAAUUGAACCACGACUACGGCAAACUCGAAAAACAUGGUUCAGAGAAAUUUCAAUUUUGAACAAGUGUUGACUUUACUUUCAAUCUGUGCUGGUUCCAACUUCGAGUUUGUUUAAUGGGUUUAAAUACAAUAAUGAUGAUAAUGGCAAGAUUGCUUCUUCAUUUCAUUUUUUUUUUUUAUCUUCAAUCGGUUCCGGCACUUCCUAAACC